AUGCUUACGGCAACGCGUGCUUGCUCCUCCAAGUCGGCUAACAUCAAGGCGGCUGCGAAGCGCAAUGAUUGGCAAAGCGCAAUUUGGCUGCUGCCGCAGCUGAACCCCUUGGGCGAUCAGACUGCUUUCUGUGAGGCCAUCAAUGGCUGUGGGAAGGCCCAACAGUGGCCACAAGCCUUGGCAAUUGUGGAAGAUAUUUUUGCCAGCAAGGCAGAGCCCAGCAUCUACUGCUUCAGCGCUGCGAUCAACGCAUGUGCCAAAGGAGGGCAGUGGGAGCUGGCCCUUGGCGUGCUGUCGAAAAUGCAGACAGCGAGGACGCCACCGAAUGCAUUUAGCUACAGCGCCGCCAUCACUGCCUGCGAAGCGAGCGGGCGGUGGCAGGAAGCUGUCGGCCUGCUUGCAGCCAUGGCCGUGGCCAGAGUACCACUCAAUGAUGUGAGCCUCAACGCAGUCCUCAGCGCCUACAAGUCAGAUGGUCGCUGGAGUUUGGCGCUGCACCUUCUUUCUGAGAUGCCCACUAUGGCUGUGGAGCCAGACCGCAUCAGCUUCAACAUAUGCAUGACUGCAUGCGACGAGGCUGACGAAUGGGAAUGGGCUCUCUACCUACUCUCGGAAAUGCCUGCUGCCCGGCUUAUGCCGAACGAGAGGGAUUUCACUGCAACAAUGAACGCACGCAAGCAAAGUGGUGCUGAGGAGGACAUUCCUGGGCUAAGCUCGCUGGCGUCCAUGGCCCAUGCCAGGAUUUCCCCCGAUUUGAUUAGCUUGAAUUCUUGCAUCAACGCAUGCAAGAACGAGGGGCAGUGGGAACUGGCCCUGCACCUACUGGGGCAGUUUCCGUGCUAUGGGAUUGUGCCCGAUGAGAUUACAUACACGGCCUGCAUGGGUGCCUGCGAGUUUGGAGGACAGUUUCAGAAGGCCCUGGACCUGUUCUUUCUCAUGCAUCGCACCAUUCCCGACCGUGUCAUGCUCAAUGCUGGAAUUAGCCUGUUUGGAAGAUCUGGGCAGUGGCAGCUCGCCUGUGAUCUGCUGCUGCGGAUGCCUGCGUUGAGGGCGACGCUUCUCACGCAGGACUUCAAUGCAGCAAUCGCCGCAUGCGCAAUAGGCCACGAAUGGAAGUCCGCUCUUCAGCUGCUUGCAGACAUGCCAUCGGCACAGAGUGAGCCUGACGACAUUUCGCUCGCAUCCGCCAUCACAGCAUGCGGCAGAAGUCGGAUGUGGCAAACAAGCCUGGGCCUUUUUUCAGAGCUGAUCUCCCGCGGCUUCCAGCCCAGGCAAGACACCUACAACCAGGUCUUGGAUGCUGUUUGCACAGAGAAGAUUAGCUUCGGCCUGUUUCGAGAAGCCUUGCGCCAGUCUGUUUGGCCGCUGAUGACGACGGCAGAUAGGAGUGUUCUUGAUGUCCACGAGCAUUCCCCUGGUUCGGGAAUGUUGGCGGUUCUUUGGUGGCUGGCUAAAGUGGUUCCUGAUCUGCUGCGACCAAAAGGAAGGUCCAAAUUCGUCGUGGUGACGGGCUAUCGGAAGCACAGCAGCUACUGGAGCAAGAGCGACAUGACCGCCACCAUUCAGAACUUACUGGAUCACUGCGGCCUUCCGUGGGAGGCGCCCAAUCCUGAGGACGGGAAGGGCUAUCUGAUUCUGGAUCUCACGAACCAAGAUCCUGCGCGGCUCCGAGAACUCUUCAAGUAA